AUGAAAUAUCAAGGAGCUAACAAUGACAAAUUUUCUGCUCUAAAUGAAAAAUCGCAAGUCAAGGGGAGCUGUGGAUCAAAUGGGGAAUAUAAUGGAGAGGUCUUAGGUGCUGAUUUGAAUUUAAUUGAUAAUAUCAAAAUUGAUAAGGAUAAAAAUUCGCUUAAUAUAUAUGAUGUAGAAAUUACAGAAAAUGACUUACGGCAGCUUUUUAUUUUAAAAAAAUAUGGAAUUAAUGAAUUUAAAAGUAGUAAUAACAAUACUGGUUUUGGAUCAUCAAAAAUGUGUACAAACGAAACGGAAGAGAAGAAAAAUAUACAAAGGAAAUAUAAUAAAUUAAAUUAUGCGAAGGAGGAUACGUACUCAUCGGAUAAACUAAAAAUGGUCUCAUUAGCUAAUUGCACGAAUUUUUUAAUAGAGAACAGAAUAAAUAAAGAUAUAGAUAUACUACAUAGUAACACAGUGAAUGCACUGUUUAUGGAUUUUUAUCAUUUAGUAAUGGCCUAUACAUUUUUUAGACAAAAUAAGCAUGAAAAAAAAUCCACUUUUGAAAUUUAUUUUAGAAAAUGUCCAUUUAAUGGAGAAUUUGCUAUAUUAGGAGGAGUAUAUGAUGUUAUAAAACACAUUAAUAGUUUUCGCUUUGCUAAAGUACAAUUAGAAUUUGUUAAAAAAAAAAUGUGUCAUUAUGAAGAUAUUGACAAGUUCAUAAAUUAUUUACAAAAUUUAAGUGGACGAGAUGUAGUUAUUUAUUGUAUGGAGGAAGGAUCUAUAGUAUUUGCAAAUGAACCUAUAAUGGUUGUAGAAGGUCCAAUGCUGAUAUGUCAAAUAUUAGAAAGUGCAAUUCUUAAUUUAUUAAAUUAUCCAACAUUAAUAGCUACAAGUAGUAUGAAAUAUAAAAUUUCCAUAAAUUAUAAAACUCUAGCUGAGUUUGGUUGCAGAAGAGCACAAGGUCCUGAUGGUGCAUUAAGUGGUACAAGGUACUCAGCUGUUGGAUGUGAUUUUACUUCAAAUGUUUAUGCAUCCUUUUUAUAUGAUAUUCCUAUAAUUGGUACUAUGUCACACUCCUUUAUAUCGUCUUUUCAAAAUGGAGAAGAAUUAUAUAGUAAAUAUUUAGAUAAUCAUGACUUUUUAAGUAUUAUAAAUAAAAAUAAAGAAAUUGUUCACAAGUUAUAUAACUGUGAAUUCGCAAAAGAGAGCGAAUUAAUAUCUUUUAUAGCAUUUGCACAAAUUAAUCCUAAAAUUUUUAUUUGUUUAAUUGAUACAUAUGAUACCUUAAAAUCAGGAAUUUUUAACUUUUUAAUUGUAGCUUUAUCAUUACAUGAAAUCAAUUAUAAACCUAUUGGAAUAAGAAUUGAUUCAGGGGAUUUAAGGUAUUUAACAAAUGAGUGCAAAAAAAUAUUUAUUGAUAUAUCUCAAAAAUUAAAUGUCCCUUUUCAAGACUUAAAAAUUUGUAUUAGUAAUGAUAUUAAUGAAAAACUAAUAAAGCACUUACAUGAAGAAGAUCAUCAUAUUGACAUAUUUGCAAUCGGAACAAAUUUAAUUACAUGUCAAUCGCAACCAUCCUUAGGUCUUGUUUAUAAACUAGUUCAAAUUAAUAAUCAUCCCUGUUUUAAAAUGACUAAUGAAAAUAACAAAUCAAAUUUACCUUAUAGAAAAAAAGUAUAUAGAUUAUAUACCGAUGAUAAUUUUGCUUCUCUUGAUUUUGUGCAACAUUUUGAUGAACAACCACCAGUUGAAAAUCAAAAAAUAUCUUGUAUUAGUAUUCUAGAUAAUAAUAAGCCAUCAUUUAUUAUACCCAAAAAAGUAGAACAAAAGUUAUUACUUACCUGGGACCAUGGAAAACUUUUAACUGAACUCAAAACUGUACAAGAAUUAAAGAAUUAUACACUAGGUGAAUUAACGAAAUUUAAAAAGCAGCACCUUUCUACGAAUAACCCCGUUCCAUAUAAUGUUCUCUUCUCUAAUAACUACUAUGAAUUGUAUAAAAAUUUACUUUUAAAAAAUUCUUUUAGCACUGCUUCAACGUAG